AUGUUCUGGCGCCGGCCUGCAGCGGGGAUCCCGGCCUACGAGCCCAAGAGGUGUCCCGACGGGGCCGCCCCACGGCGCUCCACUCCUCUGCUGCCCAGGCUGCCCACGACCAACGUCGGUACCGGGCGAGGCGCAGCCGGCACGUGGUGGCAGGACGGCGGGCGUCUGCCCUACCUGUCCCCUGGGGUCCCGUACGGGCCUCGGGGCCGCGGAACCCUGCGCGGGCUGCUGCUGCCGCCGCUGCUGCAGUCCGGCAUGGCCCGGGGAUCGGGGACCCGGGGAACAUGGCAGCCCGCGGCCCGCGACGACCCUGACGCCGUGGGCACGCUGCUGGGGGAGUUUCUACCCACCAAGUUCCGCGACUUCCUGCACCAGCUGCGCGCCAAAUGCGCGGAGCCGGAGGCGCACCGUGAGGCCGUGGGAACAGCGGUGGAGUUGGGUAGGGAAGGGGCUGGUCCCCAGUGAAGACCGUCCCCAGCUCACUGGGCUUUCCUCCUCUUCCCCUUCUUCUUUUCUUCCUCCUACUCUCCCCCCGCCCCAGUCCCCGCAGCAACCUCAACGCCACAGUACACCAAGGGUGCAUCAGAGCACUACCUAGGUUUGCGUCGUCCCAGCUGCUCAUUCCUCCCAGACCUGCGGGACCAGUCGUUGCACUCAGAGGACAGUUUUAGAGAGAAGCCUACCCUGGGGCCUCCAAGAGGUGAAUUCAUAACAGCCAGAAAGGCCAACCCCCCCUCUGGAGAAGGCUCGAGGCCUCGCCGGCGCUAUUGUCCUUUCCGGGUGAGAUUUGCCGACGAGACCCUGCAGGAUACAGCACUCCGCUACUGGGAACGCAACCGUGCAGUCCGGCAGAACAUCUUUCCAUGUGAGCAGACGACUUUGCCUGCAGUGUCUGUGUCAGAGCGGGUGCUUGGGAGUGUUGGGAGAUGGCUGGACAGUCUGCCCAGAGCCCUGCGUCCCAGGGUCCAAGACAGUAUGGCCGGCUCCUCAUACUGGAACUGCCCCCGAGUGUCAGCUCAGGAACCACAGGUCUACCUUUCUGAAGAUGCCACCAUGAGCAGCCGUCUACCCUUCAUCUCCAGGGCCACCACCCAAAGGCCACGGGGAGGCCUCAGGACCUUCCUGGACACCCCUAACACUGUGGAGCAGGUGGGGCAAAUUGCCCCGUCCCUGGUGCCAGACGCUGGUGGGCAGCCCAGGCAGCUGGAGCCCUUUCUGCCCAGUUUGGUGCUGCAAUCCAUCCUGAAGCGAGGCCGCCCUAAGGGCUACCGGCUCCUCCUGCCAUCCACAAACCGGCAGCAGGCUCAGAGGUGA